AUGGACGCCUCCGAAUUCGACUUCGCCUGGCUUGACGACCACGGCGCGGACGACGCCAUGCUCGACCCGCAGGCCCUCUUCGCCGACCUGUUCUCGCUGGGCCCGGGCGCCCCCGGCGCGCCCUCGGGCGCCGUCCCGGCGCCGCUGCCCCACUCAGCGCUGGUGGUGCUGGCGUCCGACUCCCACUACGGCGCUCCCCUGGACUACGACGCCACCCACCACGCCGCCGCGGCGUCGCCCUACCACACGCCCGUGCUGGGGCACGUCCCCAGGAUGCUGCUGCUGCUGUAUCUGGUGUCGCCGGCGAUACCACCGGCGGCGCCGCCAGCGCCCUCAGCGCCCCACCAGGCGCAGUGGGGAGCGCCCCCUGACGACAUACUAGCAUCUUCCCACCAGGCUGACGGGCCCCCGCCGCCGCAACAGCACCAUCUCGGAGCGCCGAUGCCCUCGGCGCCCCUCCACCAGCACCCUAUGGGCCACCAGCACCCGCGACACCCCCAACAUUCGUUCCAGUCACAGGCGCCGCCAGCGCAAUUGCCGCCGUCGGCGAACACCGACCUCGCGGCGCCGCCGCCACCAGCGCAACAACCGCCGUCAGCGCACCAACAACAGGCGCGCCCGGCGCCGGCGCCGGCACCGGCGCCUAAGAGGCGCCCCAACUUCCAUAUCGACCUCCCCGUCCACCCCCACUCCCACGCCCAGCUCCCAGGCCCGCUGGGGCUGCUUUCGGCGUUCCCCACGUUUCACAAUUUGCUGCCACACUAUACAUUUGAUGGCGACGACUUUGGUCACGUGACCCCUGGGAUGAACCCGCCAUCACAAGUACAAAGCGGUUACUUCGAAGGGGUGACCCCGGGGGUUCCCGGAAUGCGCUACGACGAUAGCCAGGGGCUGCUUUUCAGUCCUCAGGUGGAGCUGGAAGUGAAUAACUUUAACCAGGACUUUGGCCGCUAUUUAUACGAGUCGCACCCUGACCACCACCCCACUGCUGCCGGGCCGGUCCCGACAGCGGUUCCGACGGCGCUGGCGCCGGCGCCCGCGGCGGCGGCGUUAGGAAGGGGCGCCGGGUCCCACCAGAACUUGGUGGCGCUCGCCAUGACCCACGGCAGCGACGCCGCCGCCGCCGUGUUAGGCGCUACCACUCCUGGCGCCACCACUCCCGGCGCUACCUCCGGCGCCACCAAAUUCCCGCCGCGGCCGCUGAUGCUUCUGCGCACGCACUCGCUGCCCAACUUCACCAUUGACCGCCAAGUUGUCGGCGCUAAGAAGAAGCGCACUCCUAAGGGCGCCGUGUGCUCGAUCUGCGAGAAGUACAUUCUGCGCGACCUCACGCGCCACAUGCGCAUCCACAACGACGUGGGGCGGUUUCAGUGCGUGUAUCCAAAACUGAUGUGCAACCACAAGACCCAGUACUUUAACCGGCCCUACGACUAUAAAAAGCACUUGUUACACAUGCAUUUCAAGUUUGACGACCCUAAGGGCAAAGCGGCGCACACGUUGACGGAUAAGUUGCCGCUGGCGGGCCAGUGUCUGGCGUGUGGCGCCAAAUAUAUUGCCAAGGACUGGCUUGAGUUUCAUGUGUUGUCGCAGGACCCGGAGCUGAGGUGUCCGUACAUCGAGGGUCUGAGAAUGCCCCAUAGUGGAAUAUAG